AUGAGUGGGCUCCUUCAAAACAUCUACCAUCUCCGCCGGGUAGCAGACACCGCCGCAAAGGCGUGCUACGUCUGCCACAAGCCCUCGAGCAGCGUGAUGAUUACGCCCGACAACAAGGAUUUCUUCUACAUUUGUCCUAUUCAUCUGAAGGAUCGGCAUUUCUGCUCUCCUAUCGUUGACACAGAGGAAGAGGAAAAGAAGAAGAAAGAAGAAGCAUUAGCAAAAGAGAUCGAGAAAGUAAAGAAGGAGUACGAAGAGAGACAGAAAAAGAAGAAAGAGAAGUCGAAAGAAAAGAAGUCCGACGAAGAGUCAAAGAAGGAAGAAGGAUCAUCCACCGACAAAAAGGCGGACAAUGACGAGAAGGAACAAGACGAUAAGAUCGAAUCCCUCAAGAAAUCAGCACAGUCCACGUCCACGUCCACGCCCGCGUCGGAUGACGGGCCUCGUAUUUUUGCAUUGCAUAAGUAUGGUCCUAACCCGAUUCAGGACCCUUACUCCCUUUGCCAGCUCAUCAUGAUCUGA